AAGAAAUCCCAACACUCCAACCCGACCCAGCAAGCCAAAGGCCGAAGCGACCUCAUCGUCGUUUUUUCUUUCUCCUCUGCUCAAUCCAAACGCAACAAUGGCGACUGAGACCCGCUUUUAAGAAAACUCAAAAUGCCCUCCGAAUAAUGCCAAAAUCCUCCGCGAAACAGCCAUGGGGAACAAGAUUGCGCGCACCACCCAAGUGUCUGCCUCCGAGUACUACCUCCACGACCUCCCGUCGUCCUACAACCUCGUCCUCAAGGAGGUCCUCGGCCGCGGCCGCUUCUUCAAGUCCAUCCUCUGCAAGCACGACGAGGGCUUGGUCCUCGUCAAGGUCUACUUCAAGCGCGGCGACUACGUCGACCUCCGCGAGUACGAGCGCCGCCUCUUCCACAUCAAGGAGAUCUUCCGCGCCCUCGAGUUCCCCCACGUCUGGCCUUUCCAGUUUUGGCAAGAGACCGAUAAAGCGGCAUAUCUUCUCAGGCAAUACUUCUUCAAUAAUCUCCAUGAUCGAUUGAGCACUCGACCUUUUCUCAGUCUAAUCGAGAAGAAAUGGUUGGCUUUUCAGUUACUUCUUGCUGUGAAACAAUGCCACGAAAAAGGGAUUUGCCAUGGUGAUAUUAAGUGCGAGAAUGUGCUUGUCACUUCUUGGAAUUGGCUUUACCUUGCGGACUUUGCAUCAUUCAAACCCACCUAUAUUCCAUAUGAUGACCCUUCUGACUUCUCAUUUUUCUUUGACACCGGAGGAAGAAGGCUUUGUUACCUUGCUCCUGAGAGAUUUUAUGAGCAUGGAGGUGAGAUGCAGGUUGCACAGGAUGCACGUUUAAGGCCAUCUAUGGACAUAUUUGCUGUGGGGUGUGUAAUUGCGGAGCUUUUUCUUGAGGGUCAGCCACUGUUUGAACUCUCUCAACUGCUUGCUUAUCGCAGAGGACAAUAUGAUCCUAGCCAACUUCUUGAAAAGAUCCCUGAUUCUGGAAUCCGCAAAAUGAUACUCCAUAUGAUUCAGUUGGAACCAGAAUCGCGACUUUCCGCUGAUAGCUACCUUCAGGAAUAUAUGACCAUCGUGUUCCCAGGCUACUUCUGUCCCUUUUUGCAUAACUUCUACUGCUUCUGGAAUCCUCUUAAUUCUGAUAUGAGGGUCGUACUGUGCCAAAGUUUUUUCCAUGAGAUUCUCAAGCAAAUGAUGAGUAGUAGGUCAACUGAUGAGAAUGGUACAAAUCUGGGUGUGACUCCAAAUGGCACUAUGAGUGGAAAAUUAUCUCAAGAGAUGAAUGCCAAGCAGAGUGCAAAUUUGGAAAACAAAUUGUCCUUAAAAAGGGAAGAAAUAGAUAAAGGCUUAAAUUGUCAACAGUUUGAACUUCUUGGUGAUUUCAAUUCGCUACUGAGGGAUGCAAAACAAAGUAAUCACUAUUCUGCUACUAAGCCAAUUUUGGAAAAUGUUCCCAGUUCUGAAUUGUCUCAAAACCUUAGGAACUUUGGCACACAAUCUCCUGGUGAGCUACUUCAAACCAUCUCCACUGCAUUUAGGAGAAAUCAGCAUCCCUUUGUGAAAAAGAUUGCAUUGGAGGAUUUGAAAUUGUUGAUGUCCAAGUACGAAAGCGAAUCGGAUACCUAUGACGUGCCUGUUUCACCACUUCCUGAAGAUGGCAUGACUUGUGAGGGCAUGGUUCUAAUUACCUCUCUUCUCUGUUCUUGCAUACGCAAUGUGAAGUUGCCUCACUUAAGGAGGAGGGCUAUACUCUUUCUGAAGUUUUCUGCGUUAUACAUUGAUGAUGAAAAUCGCUUGCAACGAGUGCUUCCUUAUGUUAUUGCAAUGCUUUCUGACCCUGCUGCAAUUGUACGUUGUGCUGCCUUGGAGACUUUGUGUGAUAUUCUGCCUUUAGUCCGAGAUUUUCCACCCAGUGAUGCAAAAAUAUUUCCCGAGUAUAUCUUGCCCAUGCUCUCCAUGCUUCCUGAUGAUCCAGAGGAAAGUGUGAGAAUAUGUUAUGCCAGUAAUAUCUCUCAGCUGGCACUAACAGCCUAUGGUUUCUUAAUUCACUCAAUAAGCUUGAGUGAGGCAGGGGUUCUUGAUGAAUUGAGUACAGCACAAAAGCCAUUACCAUCGUCUGGGGAGACAUCUGGUCGACAACAAAGGGUAAAUAGUGAUGCACAACUUGCUCAAUUGAGGAAGACUAUGGCUGACGUUGUUCAAGAACUUGUUAUGGGUCCAAAGCAGACUCCAAAUAUCAGGAGAGCACUCCUUCAGGACAUUAGCAACCUGUGCUGCUUCUUUGGCCAGAGACAGAGUAAUGAGUAUCUCUUGCCUAUGCUCCCUGCUUUUUUAAAUGAUCGGGAUGAACAACUAAGAACAGUAUUCUAUGGGCAAAUCGUCUAUGUAUGCAUCUUUGUGGGUCAAAGAAGCGUGGAGGAGUAUCUUUUACCUUAUAUUGAGCAAGCUUUAAGUGAUGUUACAGAGGCUGUCGUUGUCAAUGGAUUGGAUUGUUUGGCCAUUCUGUGCAAAAUUGGUUUUCUACGAAAGAGGGUACUGCUUGAAAUGAUAGAGCAGACCUUUCCAUUGUUAUGUUAUCCUAGUCAAUGGGUGACAAGGUCAGCUGUCACUUUCAUUGCUGCUAGUAGCGAGAACUUAGGGGCAGUUGAUUCCUAUGUUUACCUUGCCCGUGUUAUUGGGCCCUUCCUUCGGAGACAACCAGCAUCCCUAGCUUCUGAAGAAGCUCUGCUUUUAUGUUUAAAACCCCCAGUCUCAAGACAGGUAUUGUCUCAAGUCUUAGAAAAUGCAAGGAGUUCAGACAUGCUGGAGAGACAAAGAAAGAUAUGGUACAAUUCAUCACCACAGUCCAAACAAUGGGAAACUGUGGAUUCACUUCAGAAGGAGGUUGCUAAUUCAAAUCCAGUGAAGAGUCGGCUUGACAAGCAACCAAACCAUGAGAGCCAAAAACCUGCUUUCAGUUCGUUGCAACAGGCGGAGCUAAGUGAGUGUAAUGAUGGUGAGGCUAAGAUGAGAAGUAUGGGAAGCCUAAUACACAACGCUCCUAGCACAGUUGAAAUUUAUGAUCCCUUGAGCUCCGAAAGGUUGCAAUUCUCAGGCUUUAUGAUGCCACAAGGAAGUGCUGCAAAUAGUUUCAUGUGUGAUAAACCAUCUGAAGGCAUACCCUUGUACUCCUUUAGCAUGGACAGGCGAGCGGUGGGAAUCCCUUCUGCAUCUGAUUCUCCAUUACAAGUAAAUUCUGGUGGAUUUGGUACAUCAUCGUCCUUGCCUUGGAUGGAUCCUGCAAAUAAAUCAUUUAGCUUGACUAGUUCAGUACCAACACCUAAGCUUGUUUCAGGCUCAUUUAACAUGAAUAAUGGAUCUAAACAGUUCUAUAGAGUUGUACAUGAACCAGAUGGCCGGGAAACUGAUCAAACAUCUUAUGUCACUAGCAAGUUUCAAGACAUGGGAUUAUCUAGUCCUGCAAAAGGAAAUUCUGUCCCUUUGGAAGUUGCCUCCACUCAGACUGAACUAACAGGAUUGCCAUCUUACCUACGAACAUCAUCAAUUCCAGAUUCAGGUUGGAGGCCCCGUGGAAUUUUGGUUGCACACCUUCAAGAGCACCGUUCUGCUGUCAAUGACAUAGCUAAUUCAACAGAUCAAAGCUUCUUUGUGAGUGCAUCUGAUGAUUGUAUGGUCAAGGUGUGGGAUUCAAGAAAGUUGGAAAAGGACAUUUCAUUUAGGUCACGGCUAACUUAUCACCUAGAGGGAAGCCGGGCACUCUGCGCCACAAUGCUCCGGGGUUCUGCUCAAGUUGUAGUUGGAGCAUGUGAUGGUAUGAUACAUAUAUUUUCUGUUGAUUACAUCUCCAGAGGUCUUGGAAAUGUUGUUGAGAAGUAUUCAGGUAUCGCUGAUAUAAAAAAGAAGGAUAUCAAGGAAGGGGCCAUACUUAGCCUUCUGAACUACUCCCCAGAUAACACAACCAACCAGAUGGUUAUGUACAGCAGCCUGAAUGGUGGGAUCCAUCUGUGGGAUACAAGAGCAAGUUCCAAUGCUUGGACGUUAAAGGCAGUUCCUGAAAAUGGUUAUGUGUCUUCGCUGGUGACAAGUCCUUGUGGAAAUUGGUUUGUGUCAGGAUCUUCAAGGGGUGCACUUACUCUUUGGGAUCUGAGAUUUCUCAUACCUGUGAACUCGUGGCAGUAUCCUCUAGUUUGCCCUGUAGAGAAGAUGUGCCUUUUCAUUCCUCCACCAAGUGCGUCUAUAUCUGUCGCUGCAAGGCCCCUUGUUUAUGUUGCUGCAGGUUGCAACGAAGUUUCUCUCUGGAAUGCAGAAGAUGGAAUCUGCCAUCAGGUCUUAAAGGUGGCACACUAUGACGGUGAUGCUGAAGUGUCAGACCUUCUCUGGGCCUUAAACAAACCAUUGAGCAGAAAUUCUAAACCAGAUGUGAGACGCAACAUCAAUCCCAAGUACAGAGUAAACGAACUGCAGGAACCUCCACCACGUCUUCCUGGUAUACGUUCGUUGCUUCCUUUACCUGGGGGUGAUUUGUUAACUGGGGGCACUGAUUUGAAGAUUCGUCGUUGGGAUCAUUACAGCCCUGAUCGAAGUUACUCUAUCUGUGGACCAAAUGGAAACGAUGUUGUAAAUGAUGAAUCCUAUCAAACAAGUUCCAGUUUUGGAGCAAAAAUUGUGCAGGAGAAGAAGAGGCGAUCUCCUCCAACAGGCAAGAAUACAGCGAAGACAGCUCUUGCAGCUGCUUCCACUGAUCCUGCCGGUUGUCAUCGCGAUUCCAUCCUUUCGUUGGCAUCUGUCAAAUUGAAUCAGCGACUCUUAAUCUCAAGCAGUCGAGAUGGGGCUAUCAAGGUUUGGAGGUGAAUGACCAGAAGAUAGCACAUUGGCCUGAUGUACAUAUGCAGCUAUACAGUGCAAAUUGAAAACUGUACAUAUAUCUGUAAUCUAAAGCUUGACAAGGUUCGGUUCUGAUUUUGAUCACAAUGCUAGCUUCUAACCCUGGGCAUAUUUAUGACGUCACAGCCCUGUUUGGUUUGUACAGAUUGUAACUCCCAAGAAAUAGUUAAAAACUUGAAACAAAUCAUAUAUAUAUAUAUAUAUAUAGUACUAGAUUUUGCCUCACCGGACGAAUACUAUCCUACUUGGUUGUUGUAUUAUUGAACCAGAUAGAAUGCAAUUUCAACUAGAGUGGUGUUUAAUUGAACAGGAGAUACAUUUAGUAAAUAAAA